CCGUAAAAGAGUAUCCGCGAGUAACCCCACCGCAUUCUCCUCGACGCUUCGUUCUCCCCAUGGUGCGCGACUUUUAACGUACUCCCACUCCCCGGUCUCAGUUUCCACUCUGCGAGUUCUCUCUCUCUCUCUCUCUCUCUCUCUCUCUCUCUCACUCUCCAUCGAUCUCGGAUCUCCUCACCGACCUUCUCUCGAUUCGCCAUGGAUUCGCUUCUUCUCCGGCCAUCUCCCCUCCCUCCGCGGCCCUUCGCCGCCGCCGCCGCCGCCUCUCGGCGAGAUUCUCGGGUACCAAUACUUUAUUCUACUGGCCGAGCAUGUAAUGGCCCCUCUGUAUGGUUCAGUAGAAGAGUUCAAGAGCCCCUCAGAGACCAUUAUUUCAGACAUAUUGAUGGAAAAUCUACAUGUAGUGGGAGAACUCGUGAAUCGACCACUGUGCAUGCCUCAGGGAAGCCUUUAGAACCUGGACAUGAAGCAUAUGAUUCCUCGAGCAUCUGGCGACCAAUGUUAUCUUCCCUAAAUGCUUUUUACAGAUUUUCACGGCCACAUACAGUUAUAGGAACAGCUCUGAGUAUAGUCUCUGUUUCCCUAUUGGCUGUUGAGAACUUGUCUGAUAUCUCUCCCUUGUUUCUGACUGGGCUGUUGGAGGCACUUGUGGCUGCACUCUUCAUGAAUGUUUACAUUGUCGGACUAAAUCAAGUGUAUGACAUUGAAAUAGACAAGGUCAAUAAGCCAACUCUUCCACUGGCUUCGGGGGAAUAUUCUCUGUUGACUGGGGUUGUGAUCGUUUCAACUUUUGCAGUUUUGAGCUUUGGUGUUGGAUGGGCUGUCGGUUCUUGGCCAUUAUUUUGGGCUCUGUUCGUUAGCUUUGUACUUGGAACCGCAUACUCUAUCAAUAUCCCCUUUUUAAGAUGGAAGAGAUUUGCUGUUAUUGCAGCACUCUGCAUAUUGGCAGUGCGUGCAGUGAUAGUUCAGCUGGCUUUUUUUUUGCACAUUCAGACAUUUGUUUUCAGAAGACCAGCUAACUUUUCAAGGCCGUUGAUUUUUGCUACAGCGUUUAUGAGCUUCUUUUCUGUUGUUAUAGCAUUAUUCAAGGAUAUUCCUGAUAUUGAAGGGGACCGCAUAUUUGGCAUUCGGUCUUUCAGUGUCCGUCUGGGGCAAAAGCGGGUGUUUUGGAUUUGUGUUUAUCUGCUUGAGAUGGCUUAUACUGUUGCCAUGGUGAUUGGGGCUACUUCUUCCUGCCUUUGGAGCAAAGUCAUAACUGUUUCAGGCCAUGCUAUCCUUGCUUCGAUCCUUUGGAAGCGUGCAGGAUCUCUCGACUUGAUGAGCAAAGCUGCAAUAACAUCCUUUUAUAUGUUUAUUUGGAAGCUCUUUUAUGCCGAAUACUUGCUCAUUCCUCUUGUGAGAUGAAGACAUAUGGAGUCAGAUUAAGUGUGCUGUUGCAGUCGCAAGGGAUUCUUUUCUGAAACCCCCAAAUUAUCUUCUACUUUGCUUCUCCAAAUCUUUGCUUCCUGGCCAAGCUGCUUCUAGAAUCUGUCAUCUUCAACCUGUCCCACCACAAGAGCCAAUAUCUUAAGGUAAGUUGUAUAAUUUGUAUAUUAUUGGAGGAGUGCUUCGCAUGAUCCUAUAUUCCAUCACUCAGUGCGUUUCAAUAGGUCGCAGAUUAGAUGGAAAUUUAUUCGUAAUGAAUAGGAUAUUUCUGUACAUAUUAUUUGACACUGAUUGGUUAGUCUAAACAUGCUAACUUUUCUAGCUAUCCUUUGAUGGAUAGCUAGAAAAGUUACUUAUUUUCUUUA